UCUUUCCAGUGUGGUUCUACGAAUCGCUCAGCAAACAACGCACAAUGGUGCUCCGAAUGCGCGACAUGCUGUACGAGAAUCCGCUCGAUCACUUUCUGUCGCUGUUCAUCGAUCUCUUCGUUUGGAUCGUGAAGACCAUCUACUAUAUGGGGGAGACGAUCGUGAACACCCUCACGCCGUACCGGUUUCGGAAGCUGAAGGACGUGUCCGGUCAGGUGGUGCUGAUUACCGGUGGAGGUGGUGGCGUCGGACGGCAGCUGGCACUGAACUUUGCGCGUCUUCGAGCCCGCGUCGUCAUCUGGGACAUCAACAACGAUGCACUGCAAGGUACGGUCGAUGCGCUGCAAGCGGAAGGCUACCGCUGCCACACCUAUUUGGUGGACAUUUCCGAGCGUGAGCGGGUGUACGAGACCGCUAAGAAAGUCCAGCAAGAGGUAGGCCACGUGCAAGUGUUGAUCAACAACGCCGGCAUCGUCGCAUGCCGGACGCUGUGGGAUCUGACCGACAAAGCGAUCGAGAGCACGUAUGCCGUCAACAUCCUGUCGCACUACUGGACCACACGCGCGUUUCUGCCGGAAAUGAUGAACAUCAACAGUGGGCAUAUCGUGACGGUAGGCUCGGUAGCAGGACUGCUCGGCACGUAUGGCUGUACUGACUAUAGCGCAACGAAAUUCGCCUGCGUUGGGUUCCACGAGGCGCUGUUCACUGAGCUCAAGACGCAUGGAUACGAUGACAUCCACGUGACGCUUGUCUGCCCGUACUACAUCAACACCGGCAUGUUUGCUGGAUGCAAACCGCGCCUGUUGCCGAUGCUUGAGCCGAAACACGUCGCCGACGCUAUGGUGCGCUCGAUACUGAAGAACGAGGUCCAGUGCAUGCUGCCGGAGCACGUGCGCAUGUUUCUGCCACUCAAGUGCCUGCUACCGGCGAAAGCUUGCUGGGAUCUGAUGUACCGCGUCAUAAAAGGACCGGAGUCGAUGAUGGGCUUCCGUGGACGGGGCAAGGCGACGGCUGGUUAAAGCGACCCGUUUUAAAAGCUCAUUAUAAUGGUCAUCUGUUUUAACUAUUAUUUUACACGCGGAGUUUUGCGCGACGAUGGAUGGAAACAUACCGUUCGUCGCGAAAACUUACAUUCAUUGUUAUGUUUAAGGCAGGAUAAAAUGUAUUAUCAAGAUAAUCAACCGAACAGUGCUGUAGGCAUUACGCUAACGCUAAGAUAAGAACGAAGCUAGUUCGU